CGCGCCUACCAGUAUCGCCCAGCGCUUGACGAGAGUGGCCGCACGCUUCUCGCGCUCAGCAUCCCAGUUGAACGCACGAAACAAGUUUCACAAUUUGAAAUCGGACAAUUCUAAACAUACUUACAUAUUCAUCACAAUGGACUUGAGUGCUCAACCCAAAAGAACUUUUCUCAAUGUAAUUUCUUAGUUUCAUUUUAAUUUACUUGUGGAAUUUGUGGCUUUAUUAUCUAGAUUGAUAAAUACUGUUCGUAAAGGUGAAAUAAAAACGAGUGAAUAAGUUCAUAGUUCUUAGAUAUAAUCCGUUGAGGAGUUUGAAUUUUCUGUUGUUCUUUUAUUGUUUAUGAGGACGCAAACCUUUGGUGUGUUGAAAAGAGACAAGAUGAGGUCCAAGCGUUCGAGAGCGACAGGUGUGGUUGCUUUAGCGGUGCUGUUGGCAACUAUAACAGGAUGUUCAGCACAGACCCUAAGGAUAUUCCCGAUGCAGAAACAGCAGACGGUAGCAGUGGGCAAGUCAGUGGUACUCACAUGUCAAGUGGACGCCCCGGACCCAGCGCUCGUCACACAACCCCAAUGGAAGGACCCUAAAGGAUUCGUCAUUAAUGAGGCCGCAGCCGGCACCCGACCCGAGAUCUACACAGAACCGAUGCCGGCAAAGCAGCUGCAGCUCCUAUACAUAUCGUCGAUCACCACCGCCAUGGCUGGCAACUACACCUGUGUCGCCACUUACACUAACAUGCCUUUGAGUGCUAGUGUCGUAUUGGAUACGUUCAUUGCAAUCACCUGGACAAAUGCUAAUGAAAAUCAAUACGCCACAAAGGGAAAAGAUUUCAAAAUCAUGUGUGAAGUAACAGCUGAGCCCGCACCAUCAGUUGAUUGGUUCAAGGAAGGCAAUCCUGUUGUAACUGGUGACAGAUAUGUUAUUCACGCAAAUGGACUAAUGAUCAAAGGUGUAGAAGAGAGUGAUGAUGGAACUUAUACCUGUCGCGCUGUAGUCAUACAAACUGGUGAAUUAGCUGAGAGAAACAUCAAACUUGAAGUUUACACCGCACCAGAAAUGGAGGAAAGGGAACCGAGAGUCGAAAUCAAGGAAGGUGAAAGUGCGGCUAUUUCAUGUAAAGCCAGAGGAAAACCACUUCCUACUUAUUCUUGGAUCAAAGCUUCGACACGCGAGAACUUAGCCAGUACCUCUCGGUUCAGCGUCAACGAAAAUACUGGACUUCUAACUAUUGACCGCGUCGAAGCCGGUGAUUACGGUAAAUACAUCUGCAGUGCUGUUAACCAAGCUGGGCAAAACGAAACAGAAAUCGAAGUGGAAGUGCUGGUCAAGCCGAGGAUAUUUGAACUAUUCAACACAACCGCUCCAGAGAAGCAAGAGGGUAGAUUAGAAUGUAAGGCGACCGGCCGGCCCGCGCCCCGCAUUAGUUUCCGCAAAUUGAGCAACCCUGACCGCUUCCUGAAUGGACCUAACGACGACGGCAGGAUUACGAUCGAAACGAGCAGUCGACAGACUGGCGACCAGAUGGAGUCUAGUGGAGUUAUCACGAUCACUAAAUUGAAUAGGACUGACGAUGGCCUUUAUGAAUGUUUCGCUGAAAACGCCGGCGGUGAGGCCAGAAAGAAUGGACAUUUAACAGUUCACUUCAAGCCGACUUUCGAACACAUGCCGACAGUCCCUAUCUGGAGUUGGAACAGCCGUCCCGCUAAUUUAAGUUGUACGGCGGAGAGUAUCCCGAACGCUACCAUUAAAUGGAGGUUCCGUGAUGCAGACUUGGUAGAAACUCCCCAAGUGAAGAUCUACGGCUCCGGUCCAUCCAGCUACAUCAUCAUCACACCAACUGACCGAGGACUAUACGGUGUUUACAAAUGCAUUGCCACCAACACGCUGGGUGAAGCCGAACACAUCAUUCAGUUCAGAGAGGCUUUCCCACCGGGGCCCGUUGUUCAAGCGAAACAAGAAACAAUAACAGCGACAUCAGUAUCAUUCAAUAUUGUGGGGCCAGCUGAAGAUAUGGGCCCACCAAUAUUGGCCUACACAGCCCAAUACAAGGAAAAUGGCAAUUUCGAUUGGAAUCUCUCCCAAAACAGGACUUGGUCUGCCAAUUCGCCGUACAUUGUGGAGAAUUUGAGGCCGAUGUUCACUUAUGAUUUUCGAUUCGCUGCCGUGAACCGCGUCGGCCCCGGCAGCUGGGGUGCCCCGAUUACAGUCAUUAUGCCUAGGAGAUCGCCGCCAGAGCAACCAAAAUGGUGGGAAAAUGAAAGCCCAGAAUCGCUUAUUCAUGGUAAAUACGCAGAUAGAUAUGAGCUGAGAUGGCGCGUACCCGCCAACAAUGGCGAACCCAUCGAUAUGUAUGAGAUCAGCUACUGCCCCGUGCUGAAAGUAAGUGGAGAAUGGCGCAUCGCAUCUGAAUCUCAAUGCGUCAUUGAGGAGCUAAAGUCCCUCGAGGCAAUCAGUUACGAAGUACGUGGUCUCCACCCGGACACGCGGUACCGAAUGCACGUUCGGGCACACAACGUCCUCGGAUAUUCCCUGCCUGCACAACUUUACGUCCAAACGGCUCUCGGCGUUGAACGAUCUGGGUUUGCACCACCUCAGCUCUUGUCUAGUGGCUCGAUAAUUGGACUGGCACUGGCUGGAGUUUUCAUCUGUCUUCUUAUUGUGGACCUCCUUCUCCUGUGCUUCAGGCGGCAAGGAGUCAUUGCGACUCUUUGUGGCAAACGCGGCAAGAAACAUAACGACGAUGAAGCCAAGUUGGGAAGUCUGUACGGUUGGCGCUUCCCGCUCCCUUAUUGCAGCACGAAGCCGCGCGCGCCGCCCUCCCCCGCGCCCCUGCCGCCGCCGGUCAAGCUCGUGCCGACCCCUACGGACGAAAAGGAACCUCUCAAGGAUACGAGCGAUGAUGCUAUCAAGAGGAACUCUUCAGUUGAAUUCGACGGUCACAGAGUAUACGCCACCAGUGGAGGACCAAUCAUAGGCAAGAACUCCGCCGUCUAGGUACCUAAGUCACUAAGUAUUAAAUGAUUAUGAUUGUGAAUGUUUAAUCGUCAAAACUUGAUUCGAUAUGCUUGUGUUUAUGUGAGCGCGACCAGUAUUUUAAACUGCCAAAAGUUUACUUAAGUAUUCAGCUUUACUGUCUCAACUUUAUUUAUCAUCACAUAUUAGGUACUCUACUAUAUAUAUUUUUAUAACAUCUAUAUAUAAUCACGCAAAAAUAUUUUAUACAAUUUUCUUAGGUUCUGUCGUGGAAGGCAUUUUUGUCUUUAUCAAUAGAACUUUAUAGGAUUCCGCACUUUAUAAAAUUCUUGAAAGUUACAGCUGCUUCAAGAGGUACGAAAUGUGCCUUUUAGUGUAUUUCUAUAAUGAGGGUAUUAUACUUUAGUGUAUAUAGGAUAAUGUAUAUGUAAUAUUACACGUCACAAUAUUUUUUUAAAUUUAUUCAUACACAUACUGUUUCUCUAUUUAAAAGACAAUUAUUUUUAUAUUUUCUUCAUAUUCUAUUUCUUGUUUAUAGAUUUUUUGUAAGUAAGUACUUAAUUUUAUUAUAAGCCAUCACAUAACACUGAACCACUAUGAUAUUAUCAUACAAUCAAAUGAAACAAUAGUUAUUAACACUACAAUAUGCCGAAUUGUUUUUGUUUUAGUUCAUUAAGUGCGUUGCCUUUAAUUUUAGCGAAAAAAUCUGAAACUAUAGAUAUAAGUUAUCGAAUAGGCUUUGUAAAUAAAUAGUUAAGACUGUAAAUAUUUCUAUUCUACUGUUUUCAACGUCUCAUGACGGUACAAUCUCAAUAUGAAAAUGAUAUAACUGUUAUUGAAUAAUAAUAAUACGAUUGUAUGAGACAAUCUUGACGCUUGCUUAUGUCAGUAUAAGCCACCUAGAUGUCAUGUUUAAUUUUAUAAACAAAUCGUUAGUUAGGUAAUGUAUACCUGUUAGAUGAUUUAAGGUUUUAGAUAUUCCUACUUAUUGUAAUGAUUUAGGUAUGUUAAAGAACAAUACACAUAAAAAGUAGAAGGUUUUUUGCGAAAAUCUCGAUCACAAACGCAACCAUCACAAUGCAGACUCAGUACUUAACACUUUGAUACACUUUGUACUUAUCUACACAUAUUUUUAUAUUUCGAUCUCGAUAUUAGUUUUAAUAGGCUACUUCUUAGCUUUAAGAGUUUAUUAUACUUCUGUUUUUCAUGUGUAUUGUGGUCAUUUGAAUUAGACUGCUAAAUUAGUAAAAGAGUUUUGUCAUCCAAUUUUAAAGUGAUCAGGCAAUUUAGCAGUAAAUUCAAAUUGAGUCGAAAACAUGUUUUUAUAACCACUUCAUAUACUUAAGAUAUUUUUAUUAUUAUUGAUAGUAUUUAUCUACAUCUUGUACCUAAAAAUCUAAAAAUGUUUUAAACCUUCAUACAACGCCUUCAAUAACAAAAUGAAUUUAGGAAGUAAAUGUAGAAUAAAUGGGUUUAAAUGAUUACCUUUGCUGAUUGUUAGGCGUUUGGUAUUACAGGUUGACGAUCUGUUAUUUCGAGAAGUUUCCAAAACUUAUAAUCUAGUUAUGACUCAGAACUGGUGACCAAAGUCUCGUCAAACUGUAAUAACAAGUCCAAAACUUAUUGAACUGGAUAAAUCGGACAAUCGAUAUCAAUUUAUCCAUUAAAUAGCGACUAGUCUGCCUCAAUAGACACAAUUCAAGGCAAUCAAAUUAGUUAUUUUAUUGAACAAAUUGAAAAUUGAAGACAAACUGAAACUUUAGUCGUCUGCUUCCUUGUGUACAAGCUUCAAUGUUAAUCGUAUGUUCGUAUGUCUGUCAGCUUAUAGUGGCCGGGUGUCGACAACAUGAGAAGCGCAUUUUUAUAUGAAAAUAAAUGUAUUGAAAAUA